CCAUUUGGGCCCAGAAGACGGUUGGAUCACGGAUCCGUUCUGUCGGCGCAUCGGUCCUCAAUCCUCCAUCCUCCCCUCCCUCCCCCUCCCACCCUUCUCUGCGUGAUGGCGACGGCGCCCCCAGCGCCACCGCGGAGCAAGGGUGCCGAGUUUGUGCUGGCCGGCGCCUCCGCCUGCGCCGCGAUCACAUUGAUCAACCCGGUGGAUGUUGUCAAGACCCGGUUGCAGCUCCAGGGCGAGCUGGCCGAGCGGGGCGCGGGCCCGGGCGGCGCCGCGUACCGCGGCGUCGCGCAGGCGCUCUGGAGGAUAGGCACGACGGAGGGCCCCCGCGGGCUGCAGCGCGGGCUCUGCGCGGCGUGGCUGCUGCAGUUUAGCAAUGUGGGCUGCCGCUUCGGAUGUUACGACCUCCUCAAGCAGGGAGCCGGGACGCCCAUCGUCAUGCCGGGCGAGUCAAGCAUGCCUUCCUUGCUGGCCCUGGCGGGCUGCUCGGGCGCCGUCGCCGGCCUGGUGUCCAAUCCGUUCUUCCUGCUGAAGACGCGGUUCCAGGCGGCGGGGAGCGAGGAUGUCCGCCACCACCGGCACGAAACCCCGACCAUCCGGGGCGCGUUCGCCGACAUCGGGCGCAAGGACGGCCCGCGCGGCUACUGGCGCGGCACGUCGGCGUUCGUGCCGCGCGUCAUGGCCGCCAGCUCGGUGCAGCUCGCGACAUACGACGAGUGCAAGCUGCUCAUCGCGCGCUUGACGGGCGCUCCCGACGGCGUGCCCACGCACUUCGGCGCCGCGAUGCUGGCGGGCAUCGCCGUGACCCUGGCCAUGCAGCCGUUUGACAUCGUGGCCGUGCGUCUGAUGAACCAGAGGGUCGGGGAGCAGGGCGCUGGGGAGCUGUACUCCGGGCCCGUGGACUGCGCCGCGAAGACGCUGCGCUCGGAGGGCCCCGCGGGCCUCUUCAAGGGCACGCUGGCCAGCUACCUGAGAUUCGGCCCCUACUGCGUCCUCACCUUCGUCUUCCUGGAGGAGGCGAGACGACAGUGGGACCGCCGCCUCGGCACAGCGUGGGGCUGA